GACCUCUCUCACCUCCCACCAUGGAGUGGAGAACAUCUACAGUCUGCAUACUGCUUCUGGCGCUUACCGGCAUUCAGGUUGAUUCAAAGACAGUCUAUCCCAGUAACCAUGUCAACAACAUCUGUAGCAUGUGGGGAAACUUCCACUUCAAGACGUUCGAUGGAGAUGUGUAUCAGUUCCCAGGCAUGUGCGAGUAUAACCUGGUGUCUGACUGCCAAAGCCUCAUUCGCCAGUUCUCAGUUCACGUGAAGAGAACAGAACACAGCACUGGCCCAAACAUCAGCAGGGUGUCGAUUACCAUCAAUGACAUUGGCAUUGAGUUGACCGAGAAACAGGUCGUAGUCAAUGGAGAAAAAGUAACGCUGCCCGUGCAUGUCGCAGGGAUCCUUGUGGAAGAGAACACAAUUUACAUCAGACUCUAUUCCAAAAUGGGCAUCACUGUCAUGUGGAACAAAGAGGAUGCCGUUAUGGUGGAACUAGACUCCAAAUAUUCCAGUCGGACUUGUGGACUGUGUGGUGAUUUCAAUGGUGUUCCAGUUUAUAGUGAGUUCAUUGAAUCUGGACGGAGGGUUGGCUAUGCUGAGUUUGGUAAUAAGUACAGAGUUCCCAACCCAACACAUGUCUGCGAAGAUCCUUUUGAAAACGACGAUGAGCAAAAUGUGGUGGACAAAUGUGAAAAAUUUCGGGCAGAUUGUGCAGACCUUUUGGAGGAUGAAAAGUGGUCUUCUUGUAGCUGGGUUUUGAACACAGAGCCAUAUAUCAAGGCCUGUACGAACGAUAUUUGCUCGAGCCAACCUGAAGAUGAAGACUCCAGCAUCUCUGCGCUCUGUGCGACUUUGUCUGAAUAUUCACGUCAGUGCUCUCAUGCUGGAGGAACUCCACCGUCCUGGAGGACAGCAAACUUCUGUGCCGUGAAGUGCCCCUACAAUAUGGUACAUUCUGAAAGUGGCUCCCCCUGUAUGGACACAUGCUUGCACAAAGACACAAAUGCACUGUGUGAGGAACACAACAGUGAUGGAUGCUUUUGCCCGCCAGGAACUGUGUUUGAUGACAUCUCAAACACGGGCUGCAUCCCAGCAGAAAAGUGUCAGUGCAAGCAUGACCGCGUCUACAGCACAGGAGAGAUCCUACGCGAAGAUGAGGAAGAAUGCAUAUGUAAGGAGGGAAGCUGGAUCUGUACAAGCAUUCCCGGCCCUGGCCUGUGCUCAGUAGAAGAAGGAUCUCACUUCACCACCUUUGACGGGAAAGAAUUCACAUUCCAUGGAGACUGCAACUAUGUGCUCUCAAAAGACUGUAAGGAGUCCAAGUUCAUCAUAUUGGGUCUGAUUGUUCCAUGUUUUACUCAUCAAACUGACACCUGUUUAAAGUCUGUUGUGGUGCUGUUUGACAACGAUAUGAAAAAUCCUCUGAUUAUUAAAGCUGACGGGACGGUGCAACACAAUGCAGAAAUUUCACUUCCUUACAUGACAGCUGGCUUCACGGUGUUCAUGCCGUCAUCGUUUCACAUCAUGCUUCAGACCACCUUUGGGCUGCAGGUGCAGGUACAGCUGGUGCCUCUUAUGCAGGUUUACAUCACCGUGGACCAAAGCUUCCAGGGCAAGACUUGUGGUCUUUGUGGAAAUUUUAACAAAGUGCUGUCAGAUGAUCUGAAGACCCCUCAGGGAGUGGUGGAGGGUACAGCGGUUUCCUUUGCAAACGCCUGGAAGGCGCAGUCCAACUGCCCCGACCGUACUGAGAGACUGGACGAUCCCUGUUCCUACAGCAGUGACAGCGAGCACUUUGCUGAGCACUGGUGUUCCAAGAUGAAGGACAAGGAGAGCCUCUUUGCCAAAUGUCACACCACUGUCAAUCCAGACAGCUACUACAAAAGAUGCAAAUACUCCAGCUGUACCUGUGAGAAGAGUGAGGACUGUCUGUGUACGGUGUUCUCUGCGUACGCCCGGGCCUGUGCAGCUAAAGGAAUAAUCCUCCAAGGCUGGAGAGACAUUGUGUGCAAGAAAUAUACAGAGAAUUGCCCGGCCUCGCAGAACUACUCCUAUGAGCUGCAGAACUGUCAGCGUACCUGUCUGUCUCUCGCCUCUGAGCGCCAAAGCUGCAGCGUUGACUUUGUGCCCGUUGACGGAUGCGCAUGUCCAGAGGGACUCUACCAGGAUGAGAAUGGACUGUGUGUACCUAUGGAAAAAUGUCCAUGUCACCACAACGGACAGAAAAUUCAUUCCGGAAAGUCUGUCACCAUUAGGGAUGAACACUGUGUUUGCAUGAAUGGAAAACUCCACUGUCGUUCCUGGAAAACCAGAAGUCUGGGAUGUUCCUCUCCGAAGGUUUUCUUCAACUGCAGUACAGCAGCCCCAGAUGAACAUGGAUUGGAGUGUGCAAAGACUUGUCUGCAACAGGAAGUUGACUGUUUCUCACUGGACUGUCAGUCUGGCUGCCAGUGUCCUUUAGGUCUAUUGGAUGAUGGGAGAGGACAUUGUGUUAAACCAGACUACUGCUCGUGUAAACAUAAUGGACUGGAUUACGCACCAGGAGCUGAGAUAAGCAUAGACUGCAAUCAAUGCACUUGCCAACGGGGAAAAUGGAACUGUACACGUUAUAAGUGUCCAGGCAUAUGCGCCAUUUACGGCAGUGGACGUUAUAUAACUUUUGAUCAGCAAAGAUUCAGCUUUAGGGGAGAUUGCAGUUAUAUUGCUGCUCAGAACAAGUGUGGAAAUAAAACUGGCACCUUUCGUGUGAUCACUGAGAAUAUGCCUUGUGGAACAACAGGAACCACAUGUUCAAAGGCUGUCAAGAUACUUUUGGGGAGGACUUUGCUGCAGCUUGUUGAUGGAAAUGUAAUGGCCAUUGAUAGUGCAAGUGGUCCAAAGAUCGAGUACACUGAGAAAAUCAUUGGGAUGUACCUUGUCAUUGAUGCUAACAUUGGACUGACAGUUUUGUGGGACCGCAAAACCACCGUCCGCAUCAUUCUGCAACCUCAGCUCAUGGGAGACGUUUGUGGUCUGUGUGGAAACUUCAAUGGAAAUGGAAAAGAUGACUUUACCACUCAGGGAAAUUUGCCAACUUCAAAUAUCCUGGAGUUUGUGGACAGCUGGAAAGGAAGCAAAUGUCCGGAUGCAAAACCAGAUGACGACCCAUGCCUUGAGACGCCCAAUCGAGAGACAUGGGCAAAAAUACAAUGUAGCAUCAUCAAGGAUAUCAAUGGUCCAUUCAAAGUCUGCCAUAACACGGUGGAACCAAUCUCUUAUUAUGAGAACUGUGUGAAGGACUCGUGUGCAUGUGACACAGGUGGAGAUUGUGAGUGCUUCUGUACAGCUGUGGCAGCUUAUGCUCAAGCCUGCAAUGAGGCAGAUGUUUGUGUGAACUGGAGAACACCUGAGAUCUGUCCUGUGUACUGUGACUUCUACAAUAAUGGAACAGAAGAGUGCAUAUGGCAUUACAAUCCUUGUCAUACACCUUUCUACAAAACCUGUCUCAACCUUAAUGGUGUUUACAGUAAUAACAGUUUACCCCUUCUGGAAGGAUGUUAUCCAAAAUGUCCAAAGGAUACGCCUAUUUUUGAUGAGGAAAAUCAGAUCUGUGUGGAGACAUGUAUAUCGCCAUCAUCCACUACAACACCAGAACCUACCACAUCAUCUACUCCUACACCGACAACUACUACAAUGUCUACUACAACAACACCAGAACCUACCACAUCAUCUACUCCUACACCGACAACUACUACAAUGUCUACUACAACAACACCAGAACCUACCACAUCAUCUACUCCUACACCGACAACUACUACAAUGUCUACUACAACAACACCAGAACCUACCACAUCAUCUACUCCUACACCCACAACUACUACAAUGUCUACUACAAAAACACCAGAACCUACCACAUCAUUUACUUCAACAUCAACAUGUAUAUGUAUAUGUUGGUGGUCUGACUGGUUUAAUGAAUAUCAUCCUGGUGCAGAAGGGCAUGACUUGGAGACUUAUGAAAACAUUAGAGAAAGUGGAAAAGAGAUCUGUAAAGAGCCAGUAGAUAUCGAAUGUAGGGCUGUGGCCGAACCUGACAUGAGCUUUGACGAAUACAUUAAAGAUUCAAAACAAGUUGCCCAGUGCAAUGUUUCAUAUGGAUUGGUGUGUAAGAAAGAACAACAGAAUGCCCGCCCUUAUAAAUGUUUUGACUAUGAAAUACGUGUUAACUGCUGUAGCCCUUGUUGUCCCACAUCAUCUCCCCCUACGACAACAACUACCACGAAGUCUACAACAACACCAGAACCUACCACAUCAUCUACUCCUACACCGACAACUACUACAAUGUCUACUACAACAACACCAGAACCUACCACAUCAUCUACUCCUACAACAACAACAACUAAGUCUACUACAACAACACCAGAACAUACUACACCCUGUACUCCUCCACCAACUCUACCUUGCGAAUGUCCAGAAUGGGCCAAAAAUUUCAAUGGGACCUUCUACCUUUGUGGCUGCUAUAUGGCGAGGUGCAGAAACGACUGCAUCGUAGAAGUUUUCCCAUUGGAAUGCCCUCCACUGCAGAACAUCACCUGUGAAAAUGGCAAAGACCCAGUGCUUGUCUACGAUGAGUAUCACUGCUGCCAAUAUUAUGCAUGUGACUGCGUUUGUGAAGGCUGGGGUGACCCGCAUUACCGCACAUUUGAUGGACACUUUUACAGUUAUCAAGGAAACUGCACUUAUGUAUUAAUGGAGGAAAUCAGUCCUCGAUUCAAUUUGAAGAUCGACAUCGAAAGUGUCUACUGUGACCCUGUUGAGCUCGUAUCCUGUCCCAGAUCUAUAAUUGUGUCUUACAACAAUCUAGUCAUAACACUCAUAAAUCACAAUCUCAUGGGAGGUGCAGACCUAGAGGCUUUUGAGAACAACAAAAAGAUACCACUACCAUAUGCUCGUAACGGUGUGAGAGUUGUAAGCUCAGGCCUAAACUUGAUCCUGACUAUUCCACUGCGGGAUGCUAAUAUAACAUUUGGAGCCACAGGCUUUGAAGUCAGUCUGUCAUACCAUUUUUUUGGAAACAACACACAAGGUCACUGUGGUACAUGCAACAACAACCAGGCUGAUGACUGCAUGAUCCCUGGAGGGAUCUUGGUGGACGACUGUGCAGUGAUGGCAGACUACUGGCCAGCCAGUGAAAUUUGCACUCCAACUGCAAAAACUACAUCUAAGCCUUGCCCAGUUAAUCCUGACUGCGACCUCCUCAAAAGCGACUUGUUCAAAGAAUGCCAUUCCCAUCAGUCCCCCGAAAACUUCUUUUUAGCAUGUGAAUAUGACAGUUGUCAUAUGAGCAACCCUGCCGUGGUGUGUACCAGUCUGCAGGCUUACGCGAGGUCUUGCUCUCAAUUAGGGAUCUGCAUACACUGGAGGAACUACACUAACCUUUGCAAUAUUGAAUGUCCAGCAGAUAAAGUCUUCAAUCCUUGUGGUCCAGCUGAGCCACCAACCUGUGCUGAUAUACCUGGAGAGAACACAAUUAAAGUGCCCACAGAAGGCUGCUUCUGUCCUGAGGGCUCAUUGCUCUUCAACAAGGAGUCAGGAGCCUGUGUGAACAAAUGCGGAUGCCUGGAUGCCUCUGGAACACCACGUGAGUUCGAUGAAGUUUUUGUGUACAACUGUGAGGAGUGUAUCUGUGACAAGGCCAGCAAAUCUGUAAAAUGUCCAAACUCCAAGAAGUGUCCUGAUGUGAACCCCGUGAGCUGCACUGAGCCUGGCUUUGUGCUGGUCAAUGCCACCGAUCCUUCAGACCCAUGCUGCAGCAAACAAGUUUGCAAUUGUGAUGUCAACAUGUGCCCCCCUAUGGAUACAAAGUGUGCAGUCGGAUAUGCACCAGUCCUGGAAGUGCCUGAUGGAAAAUGCUGUCCAGUAAUCAAAUGCGAGCCAAAGAAAGUGUGCGUCCACAAAAAUGUGGAGUAUGAGCCUGGUACCAACGUCCACAUUGUUGACUGUCAGGAAUGCAGCUGUACGUGGGACAUGGAUCCUAAAACGCAGUUCUUCCAGAUCAAAUGUGAACUUGUGCAGUGCAAUAAGAAAUGUGAUCCUGGUUAUGAAUAUGAUGAUACGAACUUUGACGACUGCUGUGGAAAGUGUGUGCAAACUCACUGCAAUGUCAAUGUCAAUGGCGUCGAUCAUACACUGAAGGAAGGAGAGACUUUGCCCUCUGCAAAUCAGGGCUGUGAUAGAAUCACGUGUACUAAAGUUAAUGGACAGUUCAUCACCAACAAAUACACAGUCCAGUGUCCUCCUUUCAACAUUUCCAACUGCCAGCCUGGCACCGUCCAGCUGUCAUCUGAUGGCUGCUGCAAAGUUUGUUCGGACCAAAUGAAGGGAUGUCAAGUACAGACCGUUCUCGAUUACAUCAAUCACAAUGACUGUCAGUCAGAAAAGAGAAUGGACCUGACAUUUUGUGGUGGAGACUGUGCUAGUUUUAGCAGGUACACUGAACCUGGACUGUCCUCUUGUACCUGUUGCCUGGUCACUCACGCAAGCAAUCGCACAGUGAAUCUUAGUUGCAUAAAUGGAGACGUAGUGGCCUACUCAUACAUCCAUGUUGAGGAGUGCGCCUGUAGCAGAACUAACUGUCAUAAAGCGGGAGUGGGCCACACACUCAUUGAAGACAGCCAAAGAAAACGCAGCUUAGGACUUCCGUGAGCAGCAGCAGUAAAUCAUCCACACGAAGUCACUGAAAUAUGAAUUCUGUGAAAAACCUUGUUUGGAAAUAAAUUUUAAUUGCAUAUGCUUUGUUUAACAUUUCUAAAACUUUAUCUA